AUGAGCAUGUGGAUUUCGUCGAUAAAAAGAAUGAUGGUCACUUCUGAAGAUUCAAUUUCCUUCAGCACGUUUUUGAUUCGUUCCUCAAACUGGCCCUGGUAUGAGGCGCCGGCGAUAAGGCCGCCUAUGUCGAGGGAUAACAGCUUGCAUUUGGCCAAGCUUGCUGGCACGUCUGAGUUGACGAUACGUCUCGCCAGGCCCUCGACAACAGUUGUCUUUCCAACUCCGGGCUCACCAACCAGGACAGGGUUAUUCUUUGUUCGUCGGCUUAAAAUGCGAAUAACUCUUCGCAUUUCUUCCUCCCGCCCAAUGACGGGGUCAAUUUUUCCUUCCCUGGCUAGGGCGGUCAUGUCAACUGUAAACUUCUUUAGCCAUUCGUUUCCACCAUCAGUCGAGUCUGCGGUUUUGCUGUCAAUCUUCUUCGAGCCGCGUAUUUCUGUGAGAGCCUCUUCGAUUUUGCUGGCAGACGGGACUCCGGCCUCCUUAAGUCCCUCUUCGAUAGACCUUUCUUGCGCAAGCGCUGAUAUAAGGUGGUAG